AUCUCCCCGCGAAGUGUUCAUACCGUUCCCAUUUCCAAGUGACUCCGAUAAUCUGGUUCUGAAUUCCCUCUAGGGGAAAAUCAACUGCAUAAACUACAGAGCCUGAUGCUGACAGAUUGUGGUUGUCCUACCUGAAUUAUAUGGUCCUCUGAACCACCUAUCAAUGAAGACAUCUGGAAUGGCUUCCUUUAAGCAGCAGAGAGUGGAAGACUUUUAUGAAGUUGGAGAAGAACUGGGAAGUGGUCAGUUUGCUAUUGUGAAGAAAUGCUGUGAGAAAAGCUCUGGAGUUGAAUAUGCAGCAAAGUUUAUUAAGAAACGGCAGGUUCGAGCCAGUCGGAGAGGAGUGAGACGUGAGGAAAUUGAACGGGAGGUGAACAUCCUGCAGCAGAUCCAGCAUUCCAACAUUAUCACCUUACAUGAUGUUUAUGAGAAUAAAACAGAUGUGGUCCUUAUUCUGGAACUGGUAUCUGGAGGAGAGCUCUUUGACUUUUUGGCUCAGAAAGAAUCUCUGAGUGAAGAAGAAGCGACUGCAUUUAUUAAACAAAUCUUGGACGGAGUGAACUAUCUCCACUCCAAAAACAUCGCACACUUUGAUCUCAAGCCAGAAAACAUUAUGCUUCUCGACAAGGUACCAGUGCCACAUAUCAAGUUGAUAGACUUUGGCCUCGCUCACACAAUUGAAGAUGGAGUUGAGUUUAAAAACAUAUUCGGAACCCCUGAAUUUGUUGCUCCAGAAAUUGUGAAUUAUGAGCCCCUUGGGCUUCCUGCAGAUAUGUGGAGCAUAGGAGUCAUUACCUACAUACUGUUAAGUGGUGCUUCCCCUUUCCUUGGUGACACGAAACAAGAAACCCUUGCCAACAUCUCUGCAAUGAAUUAUGACUUUGAUGAAGAAUUUUUCAGCCACACCAGUGAACUGGCUAAGGACUUCAUUAAAAAGCUUCUGGUGAAAGAUACUAGGAAAAGGCUAAGCAUAACAGAUGCUCUUUCGCACCCAUGGAUAAUGCCAUUGAAUAAAUGUCAAGCACUCGUGAGAAGGGAAUCUGUGGUUAAUUUGGAAAAUUUCAGGAAGUUAUAUAUCAGGAGGAAAUGGAAACUAACGUAUCGGAUUGUGUCAUUUUGUAAUCAUUUGACUCGUUCCUUCGUUAAAAAAGAUUAUCUCAAGACAGGUGAAACUUCAAGACAGUAUGACAGUGACAAUGAGGACGUGAGCUUCAAAAGAAGGCCUUCCAGACCGAGGAGACGCAGCAGCACAUCAUAAAGCAAUCUCUGAUUGGGUUACGCCAAAAAUGAGGCAGCCCUAAGGACAGGUGGACCAUUGUACUGUUAGAAUCAACAAAACCUGAACCUACACCAGUGCUGCUUGUACCUGUUGUUGGGACAAUACCAGGCAUGCUCAAUAGAAAAAUGCCACUUUGAACAUACCCAUGCUCCCACACACACGCAGACCAGGUGAAUGAUGCCAGGCUUUGGUACCUACUGCACAAGCCAAAGUGUGCAAUACAGUUUUGCAACUCAGUGUAUUCUGUCCUUUUCACAUACAACUCUUGGGAUUGCACUGAUGCAUUGCAUAUCAGGAACGGUGUGAUGCAGUUCUGGAAAAGCUCAGCACGUCUUGCGGCAUCUGUGGAGAGAAAUCAUAGCUAAUGUUUUGGGUCCUUCAGAACUGGAGUUCUUCUCCAGCUGUGAGGAAGGGUCACUGGAUCUGAAACAUUAACUCUGACUUCUCUCCAGUAAUGUUGCCAGACCUUUGAGUUUUUCCAGCAAUUUCUGUUUUUGUUUCUAAUUUCCAGCAUCCGCAGUGCUUUCCGUUUUUGUUUGAUACAAUGUAGUUUCCUUAUCUUGUAAUGGGUCCCCCGUUUCAAGCCUGUUGCUGUGGGUACUUUGAGUGGCGAUCAGGCACUUUACCACAAGCAAUGGGCAGGAAGAAGAGAUAUUGGAAAGAUGGGUUUUGACUUCAUUCAAACUGUACUUCCUGCCAUGCCAAAUGUUGCUUGGGCAGAAUGUUUAGCCACAGGCUCUAAGUGGAGGUUAGGGACAUAUUGAGCAGUAAUUUUGGAAAUGAGUGCCAGCAAAUGAGGCAGUCAAGCAGACAGAUGUUUGAGCCAUGUUGAACAUUGUUGGUUUCAACUAAUAUUGUUUUAAUGUAAGCAUUGUUUCGCAUAGUUUUAGAUAGUAGACCUUUUUUUAAGUUUACUGACUAAAAAAAACUUUAUAUGGUACACCAUGAAGCUUUCAGCAUGAGAUUAGAAGAGAAACUAUUCCUUGUGAAUAUAUAGCCUCAACAGGAAGUCACAUUAGCCUGAUUCCUGAAAUGAGUUGCCUUGACAUGUUUACAGGAGUCGAGAUAAUAAUAUUGUCUCCCCAACAAAUCUUUUGGGUGACUUUUCUUGGGAAAAUAAUACUCACUUCAGUGUUGCCUAUUUUACAACAAUGCAAAUAGACUUUAUGUAACUGUCUUUUCAAUAAAAUCCAAGUGGUUAAUUAGGUUUUAGCCAGUUCUUUAGGUGAAUUAUUAUGAAGGAAAUGAUCCUUAAAUGCAGUGUGGAGCUCAGAAAGGUGGGCAGCAUUGUUUUGGGUGUGGAGAAUCUUUUGAAGAGUUGAAAUGAGAAAAGAUGAGAAUGUUGCGCAUUGAAGUGAGAACGGUUGAGGACUGUGUCAAUAAUGGAUUGAAUGUGAGAGAGGAAGCUGAGUUCACAGUCAAGCAGUUCACUGAGGCUUUGCACUUCCUGACUUGGCUUCAGAAGGCAAACAGGAAGGAAGUUGGACCUCAAUCUAGAGAUGCUGAAGGAAGUUCAAGAAAGGGCUACCUAGCUCUUCCCUUUACUUGGAGAGUCACAAACAGUCCAGUCAUAUCCUAUGUGUCCUCUCUAACCAAAGCAACCCAAAAGUUAUUCAAGUCCUGAGUUGCUGUCAUGAUUUAAGAUUGUGAAGCACCUUGAGGUGCAAGUGCGAGGUGAAAAUGUUCAUCUUAUCUAGCCCUCCAACAAGGAGGGUGUCCCACUUAUUCAGGUCAACAUAGAUGCUGAGGAGUCAGCACAGUGAAUGCCUAAGAGAGCUCAUUAUGUCCAACUCAUUUCGACACAGGAAAACAUUGAGUUUCUGUAUUUGUUUCUGAAUUAACUGACUAAAAAUAAAAGGACAGCUGGGUCGAUAAUGUUCAAAGGUCCCACCUGCAGAGAAGUCUAGAUUGGUAGAAUUGCCCUUAACAUCCUCAAUGGCUUGAUAACUGAAUUGGUAGCUGAAUAAUUUACAGAUGAAGCUCAAGUAAAGCAAGCAGCUUUGUGUUGUAUUGUUGUCUCCCUUUCUCGAGAAUUUUCUACUUUUCAAUCAAAAGUAAUUUACUGCAAAAAAUUAUGGGAAAGAUUACUGCUAAAAUUUCAUUCCCAGUUGCAGAGGCUGAAAUUCCUCCAUUGACCAUGUGACCCUGAUCACGAUGUGACUGGGAGGGGACCUAUUGAUGCUAUCAGUGUUUGACUGGCUGAUCAUUGGAGGCAUUGUCAUUCAGAGACACUGGACUGUAACUGGGAGUGCAUUUAGAGAUUUUAUCCUGUCUCCAAAUGCCUCACCAGAUCAAACAGUCUACCUGACUCUAAACAUUUUCAUAAGUGGUAUUCAGAAAUAGUCAAACAGUCCUUUUUUUGAUAAAAUAUCCCAUUUUCAACAAUAAAUCCCUCACCUCUGUUUUAUUAUCUUCUCGAGCCUGAGAGACUCUGUUAGUCUCUUUUGAAAAUAAAUACUGUAAUUUUGUGUUUAUUUAGUGUUGCUUGUUAUAGUUGGAUGGUUUUUCAGGUCUGAACUGAGCUGGUUGGUCCCACAUCCACUCAUGUCACCAACCAUACUGAGGUGUCUGGGCAACAUUUCUAGCUCAGUGAUAGGAACUUGCAAAUAAAAUCAGUUAGCAGGAAACAUCUUCUACUCAAAAUGUUACUGCAAUGGUCUAUCUUGAGGAGUUCAGUCUUUGCAGAAGAAAAUGGUAGCAUGUGCCCCAAAAUAUUCCUUCAAAAUCUAUAUUUUUUAAACAGAUUUUUUUGUAAUCUUUCUUGAGAACAACUGCUAACUAAACACUGCUGAAGCUGGAGCUCGAAGGAACCGUUUGAUCUUGCUCCAUAACCAAAAUUGGAAGAUGGCAGGUACUCCCGUCAUCCAACCCUCCGCUUCAUCCAAUCUUUCAGAGGCAGGUUUCUUCUGAGAAGUACGUCAGGGUUGAGGUAGAGCACUGGCACAGUUAACAGUUGGCUGGAACUUAAACAGAAAGCAGGCAUUGUAGGUAGAAUUGGCCAUUUGUGCUGUCACUGCAGUGGGACUUGUUACUUAUAAUCUUAAAAUUUUAAUUAAUUCCAUAGCACAAAAACAUUCCUGAAAUCAUAAAUUCACCUUUUUGAUUCCCAAGCCAAAAUGGACCUAAAGACCUCUUCAUUCAGCUUAAAUCUUACCUGAAGACUAACUUCAAAACUGACAGCAACGUUUGCGAGUGUACUUACUUUGUAGCUUAACAAACUCAAUCUUUUAAAGAUUAAGAAGCUUUGCCACUUCCUAUGGAAGUGAUCUAAUCUAUUCAACCUGUUUACUGGUGUUCUGGCCACAUUUCAGCUUUAUCAUCAGAUGAUAAUUGAGAGAUUACACUUUAAUUUAUGAAUCCUGAUUAUAAAUGUUUUUGAGACACCGGAAAACAUACGUUAACGCACCAAUUUUGACAACGUUGUUAUCCGACUUAGAAAUUAUUCUUUAUAAAUUCUAAAAAUCAAAUAUUCUAACAUGAUAUUUGCAUGAUAUGGUACUUUUAAAAAAAAUCUGUCCUUGGGAUGUGGGCAUGCUUGGCAAAGAGUACUGGAAUUUAUUUCUCAUCCUUAAUUGCCGUUGAGAAAUGGACUGCUAAUGUUGACCUUAAUGUUGGGAUGCUUUCAUCCCAUUAAUGAAUAACAAAACGUCUUUAUUCAUAACAUACUUUGACUUAACAUACAAAUUUUAAUCUUAUACAUAUUUUAGUUGCACUGUUAUAAUGUUUCUAUAGGUCCUCAAAGGUUGUAUGGUUAUUCUGGCCCUAACCAGUCCUUCCUGACUGUUUUGCAGUAAAAGUGGUUGGGUACUCCCAGUGGAAAGUAACAUUCCUCAGGACUGCACAGCAGAAGGUCUGGAGCAAUUAAGUUGCUGGAUCCUGGGAACACCUCCUAUAUCUUCAAAAUGUUUCCAUAAUACCAGCACCUGCAUCCUGUCAGGGAAAGCAUUGGUUAUCAGCCACUUAGAAAUUAUGUACAUUUUUUUCAGAUCAUCUGAGAAUCUGAAUAAUACUAUAUCACCAAAUUAUGCUUUUGAUAAUGUAUUAUGUUGCACUGCAAAUCAGAUUUGUAACUAUUGAUUCCACCAUUUACACUGUGAAACCUUUGUCUUAUGAACUAAUUGCCAAGUUCUUGGAUUUGCUUCACUGAUUCAGACAGAUUCAGAAGUUAGCAAAGGGAUAUUCAUGUAUGUAUCAGACAUGAAUGGGGGAAAAGAAUUGUUAACACAGGAAACAAAUGCAAGCUCAUCUGCCUUGGAUGUUAUCGGGAGCAUCCAAAAACUAUGAUAACAGACUAUCUCCACACCAGAAAUGUUUGGGCAGCAUGGUAGCUCAGGAGUUAACAUUGCUACCCCACCAAACCACCCUCAAGAAACUGUGUCUGUGAGAGUUUCCUCUGGGUGCUCUAGUUUCCUCCCACUGCCCAAAGAUGUGCAGGCUUGGUGGAUUGGCCAUGCUAAAUUGCCCAUAGUGUCUAGGGAUAUGUAGGUUCAGUGAAUUAUGCAGGAUUAUGGGAAAUGCAGGGUUCUCAGGAUGGAGUGAGUCUGGGUGGGAUGCUGUUUGGAGAGUCAGCGUGGACUUGUUAACCCAAAUGGCCUGUUUCCACACUGUAGGGAUUGAAAAAAUUGUGUUUUUAAUUAUAGACCAUAACUCAUAUAUAAAGGACACCAGAGCAUGGAACUUGAAUGCUUUUUAUUAUCAAAAAAUUAUGAUCACAGCAAUAAGUAACCUCCCUGUGUAUGUGGGACCCUGCUUACCUCCAACUGCCUGUUGUGCUGCUGCCAUUGACGUUUUGGUAAUCUAUACAAAGUUAUCUUUGCACAGAAACUACAGUUCUGUAAGUAACAGUGUAAUGUUCUAAAUUAACAUAAUGAACUUGGAAUAAAAUUAAUAUUUCAAAAGUGAAUAUGUAAAUUUUAAAGCAUGUUACUCUAUUUGACAAAUGGCAGCAACUUUAAACAUUGUGCUUGUCAUUUCUGCAAUUUUUUUUAUAUAAAUUUAAAGUUUCAAAUAAAAUUAAAGGUUUAGUGAAUGUAGAUUUAACUAGGACUAUUUUAGGUUGAUGGAGCCAAACUUGUGAUAACAGAGCAGGGAUUUCUUGUUUAUGAUAUUGAUUAAAACUGUUUAUACUGGACUGUCCAUAUCUAAAGACUGUGUUUGCAACAUUAAACAGUAUUUUUCUAU